AUUCUCUUCAUCAAAAGCAAGCGCACACACACACAUCUUUGAGAGAGAGAGAGUGACGAUACUAUCUUUCAUAACAAGUUGUUUUGCUUCUUCAUCGUCACCACAAUUCUUCACUGUUGCAACACCAACAUAAUUCAACAACAAAUUCCAGUUUUCCACCAAUAUAUACAUCAUCUGAGAUUCAAUUAACUACAGGAUUCUUCUAACAACCUGAAUUCCGUUCAAUUUUUCGAAAUUCAGAUCACAGAAUUUUGGCGCUUCUUCUAGAUCUGGUCAGCUAAUUUGAAUCUAUAAAUCUCACACAGGUUUCCCGCGAUCUAAGCGAAGAGAUUAAAUUAAUAUUAUUAUUAUUAUUAGCAGUUGAAAAUAUCAAUAAUUAGAUCCGGAAUCUGUGAAGCAGUUUUCUGAAGAUGGAAUUUUCUCAAGCCCGGCCCUGUGGAGCCCCAGGUGUCAAACCUACACACGACUUUCUCUCACUUUAUUCACCUGCUCAACAAGAUCCAACCCGUAGCAUUCAAGGUGAUUAUCUUAAAACUCAGGACUUCUUGCAACCACUAGAACAAGUUGGGAACAAAGAAGGGAAAUACAUUGAAAAGUCAACUCCUCCAAGUAUGGUGGAGCAUGGUGGGCUGGGGACUUACAAUGUUGCAUAUAUGAACAAUAUUCAAAGCCAAAAGGUAGCAAAGGCUGAGGGGAUUGCGAUCUCGGCUGCACAAUCAAGUAGCAGCAAUAACACCAAUGAUGAAUAUUCAAACUGCAAUUCCUACAGAGGGACUGGUUUCGCCCUGUGGGAAAACUCUAAGGGAAAGACAGGGAAGGAGAAUGUUGCAAGAUCCAGGCAUACCACUAGAGAUGGGAUGAUGAAGAAUGGAGUGACGUGGAUGGAGCGGGCAUCACAAUCAUCAUCCAUCCAUAACAAUCCAAGCACCGCCUUUAGUGCUCUCUCAACCUCUCAUCCGUCAUCUUCGAAUAAGCAUCAGUAUUUUGCUGAUACUUUGGAAUUUUCUAAGAGUGUUCAAGAAGAGGAAGACGUCGGUGAAGAGUUUAUUAUCAAGAAAGAGCCUUCCUUCCACCAUAAAGGCACUAUAUCAGUUAAAGUUGGUACUGCAAUUCCCGAUCAAAAGUCCAACAGCCCACGAUCGAAGCACUCUGCUACAGAACAGCGUAGAAGAAGCAAAAUCAAUGACAGAUUUUCAAAGUUGAGAGGAAUCAUCCCUCAUGGCGAUCAAAAGAGAGACAAGGCAUCCUUUUUGUUGGAGGUUAUUGAAUACAUUCAGUUUCUACAAGAGAAGGUGCAUAAUUAUGAGGAUUCAUCUCAUGGGUGGACGUCAAAAACAGUUCCAUUGAAUAACCAACCAUCCGGCAUCUUUGUUGAUGAACCGCCACAUCCAAUGAGACAAAACCUGUUAGAUUCUAACAUGAUCAACUCUCUGGAUGCUACCAAGGAAACCAGCCAACCGACAAAUGAACCAUCUCCGUGUCCUGAUACGGGCCCACAGGGUCAACCACAGUUAUCGCAUACCAGAUCAUGUAAAACCGACUGCACUAUUACAAGUGAUAUGUUGAAAGAUCAAGAACUGGUCAUUGAAAGUGGCACAAUCAACAUUUCAACCAUCUACUCUCAAGGAUUGUCUAGUGCUAUAACAGAAGCACUAACGAGGUCGGGUUUGGAUUUAACACAUGCCAAUAUCUCGGUACAAAUCGAUCUUGGAAAGAGAUCAAACACUAGUACGCUUGAUUCCUCACCGCACGACGAUCCCAAGGAAAAGGAGACUGCGUCGGCUCAUGAUCAGUCGGAAUGUUAUUCGCAAUUAGCAAACACUUGGGAAGAGGAGAGUGGUAAAGGUUGCAAGAGGUUGAAGACAAACAGAAAGUAGAAGUUGGUAUAAUAGUUUCAUUCUAAUUUAAUCAUUUAUUGUCCUCUUUAACAUGUUGAGGAUGAUCAUUCUUGUAAUUGUUUCUGUGUACAUGAAGUUUUUUCACCUUAAA